UCCCCGAAGCUAUAUAUAUGUGCGAGGAGAUGCGCGCGCAAGUCAUACGUGCCAGCGCGCGCGCGGGAUUGUGUUGUGUGUGACUAUGCAGUGAGUGACGUGAGCAGCAUCAUGAGGCUGUCACUGCACAUAGCGGUGGUCCUGCUGGCGGUGUACCACACCUGCCGCGCGGACCGGCCGGCGCGCGCCAUCCCCAACUACUCCGCACAGAACUACGCUGUGCUGGGCGAUCCUAUCAGCGCUAACCUCAACGAGGACGGGUACUUCUAUCCGAAGCCCAAGAUCCCGUUCCCGCCGCCACCGCCCCCGACUAGACCGCCACCGCCGCCUCCGCCGCCGCCUACCCUACCACCGUAUCGGCCACCACCGCCGCCACCGCCACCACCAACAAGGCCACCACCACCGCCGCCACCGCCGCCAACGAGACCGCCACCACCGCCACCACCGCCGCCAACAAGACCUCCACCACCUCCGCCUCCACCACCAACUAGGCCACCGCCACCACCAUCUCCACCACCUACAAGACCGCCACCACCACCACCCACCCGCCCGCCACUACCACCACAGCCUACAACAGAGUUCGAAGGUUACGUAUACGAAAAGCCUCGUAUUCCUUUCCCACCACCCCCACCAAGGACCCCACCACCUCCUCCACCGCCACCUCCAACUAGACCACCGACACCUCCGCCAACACGGCCGCCACCACCUCCACCAACACCACCACCUACUAGACCACCACCACCACCUACAAGACCACCACCACCACCUCCUCCUCCUACAAGACCACCAACACCACCACCUACUAGACCACCACCACCUCCACCCACAAGACCCCCGCCACCUCCAACAAGACCCCCACCUCCACGAACUAAUCCUCCACCACCAUCAACUGGAUACGUCUAUAGUACUCCGAAGAUACCCUUCCCACCACCUACACUACCUCCUACUCAACCUCCUACAUAUCUUCCACCUACCAGACCCACGCCACCGCCUACCAGACCUCCACCAACACAACCUCCUACUUACCUACCACCAACAAGACCUACUCCACCCCCUACAAGGCCACCUCCUCCUACGAGACCUACUCCGCCUCCAACACAACCGCCCACAAGACCACCACCAACACAACCUCCUACUUACCUACCUCCAACGAGACCUACUCCACCUCCUACACCACCACCAACCAGACCUCCACCAACGCAACCUCCAACUUAUCUACCACCUACUAGACCUACUCCACCACCUACAAGACCACCUCCUCCUACUAGACCUACCCCACCACCUACAAGGCCUCCUCCUCCUACCAGGCCACCUCCCCCACCAACUCAACCACCUACUUACCUCCCACCAACGCGACCUACUCCACCACCUACAUUACGCACAAAUCCUCCUACAAGACCUACUCCACCACCAACUCAACCACCAACCUAUCUACCCCCUACGAGGCCUACUCCGCCCCCGACGAGACCUCCGCCACCUCCCACAAGACCCUCACCAACUCAACCUCCCACUUACCUUCCUCCUACCAGACCAACUCCACCACCCACGCGACCUCCUCCACCAACUCCACCACCCACGCGACCUCCUCCACCAACUCCACCACCCACGCGACCUCCUCCACCAACCCCACCUCCAACACCACCACCCACCAGAAGGCCACCACCACCCCCAACAAGACCCCCGACCAGACCGCCAACUUACUCUACAAUUGUUGAAGAUAAUAGAAGUACUGGAUACUUUUACUCUACACCCAAAGUUCCCUUUACUUUACCAACUAGACCUCCCCCUCCUCCAACAACUCCAAGGGUAAUUACACCCCCACCGACAACUAGAAGGCCCUUACCACCCUCUACAUAUCUCCCACCCACUAGACCACCACCGCCACCUACACCACCACCAACAAGAUCGCCACCGCCUCCCACUCAACCACCAACUAGACCACCACCACCUCCGACCCCACCGCCAACUAGGCCACCACCACCUCCAACUCCACCACGAACCAGACCACCACCACCUCCCACUCCACCACCAACAAGGCCAACAUACCUACCACCAACCAGACAACCACCAACUCGACCACCACCACCACCGACACAACCAACAUACCUACCACCUCCAACAACUAGACGACCACCUCCACCCACUAGACCACCUCCACCUCCUACCACUAGACCACCUCCUACCACUAGACCUCCCCCACCUCCUACCACUAGACCUCCCCCACCACCUACAACUAAACCUCCCCCACCGCCUACUACCAGACCACCUACGUACUCAACUAUAGUUCCGGAGUUCAGAACCACGGGAUACUAUUAUCCCACACCAAAAGUUCCGUUUACGAUACCAACCAGGCCUCCAACUAAUCCACCCAUAUACAUUCCGCCAUCUACUACAAGACCUCCCUACGUACCUCCAUCAACCACUAGGCCACCAUACAUACCUCCAUCAACAACUAGGCCCCCAUACAUACCUCCAUCAACCAUUAGGCCCCCAUAUAUACCUCCAUCAACCACUAGGCCACCAUACGUACCUCCAUCAACUACACGAGCUCCACCGAUCUACAUCCCCCCUUCAACAACAUUAUCCCCUGUAUACAUAACUCCCCCAACUACAAGGCGACCCCCAUACGUACCACCAGUGACGACCAAGGCUCCUUUCACGACACGACCCCCGUUCGUCCCUGACCAGGGAUACUUCUACGACAAACCAUUAGUACCUUUUGUGUUCUAAUCUCUAGUGUAAAAGAGUUACUAAGAUGCCAUAAUUAUUGUAAAUGUGAUACCAAACUGUGCGCUUAGGGACGCAAGGAUGUUAUUGUUUUAAUUAUAAUUAUCUUUUUAUUAUUAUUAUUUUAUGUUGGCUGUAAAACUACUGUUACUUCUUUUCUGGCUACAAGCACUAAUACUCUACAACUUUCUUCCCAACCUAAUACUACAAGUAUGUAAAAAAUCAUGUCUAGCUAAAAUUAGCUAAUAGAAAUAUAACUAAAUUGAUGUAAACAGCAACAAGUUGAAAUCAUUGGACUAUUAUAUUUUGCUGUUAACAAUAAUCCUCCACCACCACUAGCUAAGUAUAUCAAGGCAAAAAGGUAGUAGGCGACAAACCACACCUCUCUGUCUGCUUUUCAGAUAAAAAUGGGUGUGAUUUAUUAAAAAUCAUUAUUUUUAAAACUUGAUAUUGACAAAUAUUUUAAAGUGCUUUGGAAAAAUAUCGUAGGUAUUCUUAUUUUAAAAAAUUGUCUAUAUCUAUUUUUUUUAUAUCCUGCUGCGAUUGGUUCAAUUGUUUUUGUAGGAAAAUUUCAUACUCGAUAAUCAGAAGCAAAGUUUAGAACUGUAUGACGGCUACACAAUCUAACUAUUUAGUUUUGUAAGAUGAAAAUUUCUAUGUAGCUUAAUAAAUGUUACCACGAAUCUAGUUAUAUAUUGUACUGCCUAUAUAAAUAUGUUAAAGUAUAUAUUUAAAAACAAUUGUAAUACUCAAAAAUCUCGUAAUAAUUAUGUGAAACAACACUGCCCUUAACUAAUUCUAACUUUAAGGUUGUAAAAUAUAUUUUUAAAAUAAAAUGUUUUAAAAAGUUA